AAACGAACAGUGUUAGGUCACGUGAGCUGCGCCAUGCCGUUAACGGAAGAGAAUGUGGAGAGAGUGCUAGACGAAGUAAGGCCGUCACUAAUGGCUGACGGAGGAAACGUGGCCCUGCACGAGGUCGACGGGCUUGUGGUGGUUUUAAAGCUACAAGGAGCUUGUGGCUCGUGUCCUAGCUCAUCAAUGACGUUAAAGUUGGGAAUCGAGAGUCGGCUACGAGACAAGAUUCUAGAGAUCAUGUCCGUUGAGCAGUUUCUUGAAUCAGGAGGGUUAGAGCUGAACGAUGAGAACAUCGAAAAAGUUCUCUCUGAGUUAAGGCCGUACCUAUCUGGCACUGGAGGUGGGGGGCUUGAGUUGGUUGAGAUUGAUGGUUACGUGAUUAAGGUUCGGCUCACUGGACCAGCUGCUGGAGUUAUGACUUCUAGAAGAAAACAAUGUUGGUAUGGAUACUGUUGCGGUGCAGACAAUUACAAAGUCACUGGCUUGAGAGUUUAG